UCGGCAUUUGUUUGGUGGUCAAUGGAAAGUUGUAACAUUAAAAAUAUUUAGAUUGUAGGUUUUGUGUACAUCCAUUAAGUUACCAGUUUUGUGUACAUAAAAUUAUUUAAAAAUGUGCUUUAUAGGAACAAAUCUGGAAACAUAAAAUAAAUUAAGCAAUGUUUGAAAAAGUAUAUUUAAGAGGUUGAAAGUUUGUAUCGCUUAUUGAAUGCAAUUUCUAAAUGUUUUUGUGUGAGUUUAAAGAAGAAUAUUUAAACGUAUUCUCCCCAAAAAAACUUAGGUGUGUGAUAUAGCAACUUCUAAAUAAAAGCAAUAUUUAAGAGUCUGUGUGUAUAAAUGGGAAAAGUAGUAAAUGAUGUACAUGACUGGCGAUAUUAUAACAUAUCCGACUUGUAAUGCCGGUAUUGUGAGUAACAUUGGAUGAACUGGAACUGCUUGCUUAUGUUUAAGAUAGAAAACUGUACAUUUGUGGAAGAGAAUAAGAGAAUUUAAAGUAAACUUUUACACAUGUGAAUGAAAAAACUUGUGAGCAAGAGGCCUAACUAUUUACUUCUACAUAAUAAACUAUGCUAAAUUAGCACUUGUAUACUUGAAACAGGGAAAUGAAUUCAUGUAGAAAUCACUUUUACCAAAGCAAAAACAAAACUGCAUGUGGGAGACUACAUUUUGAAAACAUCAAAUUUAAACAGCUGCAUUAAUAUUCUGAUGUUUAAAAUAUCAAAAGGCAUGCUUAUCAACAAAGAGAAGCCAUAUAUGUGUGAUAUAUGUUCCAAGUCAUAUGUAUAUAAAAGUGAUUUGAGCAGGCAUAAACGCAUUCAUACAGGAAAGUUGCAUGAAUGUAGUGUAUGUUGGAAAACUUUUGCAAGUAAAAAUACAUUAAAACAACAUAUGUACAUCCACACUGGUGAAAAGCCAUAUACGUGUGAUGUAUGUUUGAAGUCCUUUGCACAGAGAGUUACCUUAAAACAACAUAUGCGUAUUCACAAUGGUGAAAAAGAAUACACUUGUGAUAUGUGUGGUAAGGCAUUUCUUCAUCUGCGCAGUUUAAGUACGCAUAUACGUUCUCAUAUGGGUGAGAAACCAUAUGAAUGUGAUAUAUGUAAGAAGUCGUAUAAGCUUAAACAGCAUCUAAGAGUUCACAUGCGUGUUCAUACAGGUGAGAAACCGUAUAAGUGUGAUGUAUGUUGCAAGUCAUAUAUAUGUAAAGGAGCCUUAAAUGUACAUAUGCGUACCCAUACAAAGGAAAAGCCAUAUGAAUGUACUGUAUGUUCUAAGUCAUUUGCGUAUAGGAGGGGCUUAAAGCAGCAUAUGUAUAUCCAUUCAGGUGAGAAACCACAUACAUGUGAAAUAUGUUUAAAAUCCUUUUCAUGUACAAGUGUGUUAAAGUACCAUAUGAAGAUUCAUACUGAUGAGAAGCCACAUUUCUGUGAUAUAUGUUGCAAAUCGUUUGCUCAAAAAGGUGCCUUGAAUCAACAUAGACUAACUCAUGCAAGUGAGAAACAACACAAAUGUAACAUGUGCAGCAUGUCCUUUGCAUAUGUAGAUGGAUUAAAGGCACAUGUAAGUACACAUACGGGUGAAAAACCACAUGCGUGUACUGUAUGUACCAAAACAUUUGCACAUCCUAAGAGCUUAAAGAGACACAUGUAUAAUCACACAGGCGAGAAACCACAUGCAUGUAAUAUGUGCGGGAAGGCAUUUCCUACACAGUGGCGUCUAACCAAACAUUUACGUAUUCAUACACAUAAAGAACCAUUUGUGUUUAGAAGUGAUUCCCAGCAGGAAUUUCCCAUAGUGCAUACUGACCAAGAGAAGCAACCGCAUGAAUGUAAUAUAUGUGGAAGACCUUUUGGAUAUCUAAGUAGUUUAAACAGACACAUGCUUACGCAUACCAGUGAAAAACCACAUGUUUGUAGCAUAUGUAACAAGUCAUUUCCAGAAAAGUGGCGCUUAGUUGCACAUUUACGUAUCCACACCAGUGUUGAUGCACGUGUGUGUGCAAAUACUACACAGCAAAGCACGGAUGAGAAACAACAUGAAUGUGCUGUGUGCUUUAAAUUAUUUGCAUAUCCAUGUGCUUUACAAGAACAUGUGUAUAUUCACACUGGUGAGAAACCACAUGAAUGUAAUACAUGUGGAAGGACAUUUUCAUAUCGCAGUAGCUUAAAUAGACACAUGAACACUCAUUCAAGUGGAAAAUAGCACAUAUGAGAUACAUAUAACAAACUAUUCUCACAUGCAUGAGUUUUAAUAAGGUAUUUAUAUGUCCACCCAAGUGGAAAAUCAUACGAGUAUAAUCAGAGGCAAUAAAAGAAAUGUUUAAGAAUAAUAUUCUUGAAGAAAAAGGUCUAAUUAUUUAUUUGGUACUUCUUGAUUUAUGUAUACCUUCAUUGAAAAGUCACGAAUGGUGGUGCAAAGCAUUUGCAAUCUUAUUCACGAUUUUGAAAAGAUCAGGUUAUUUGAAUAUGACAAAGCAUAUGAAGGCUAUCUGACUAAAGGAAAGAAUGCAUUCUUGAAAGACAUUCUAAGGAAAACUGGUUUGUGUUAAUGUUACACGUUGGGAAAACUAACUUGCAGCCAACCCAUUUAUCAGUGUUUGAAGUUGGGUCAAACUACCAGUAUUCAGUAGUUUUAACUAUUUAGCCACUGAUGAGGCUCAACCUUGUGCAGGAACAUAUGUUUGGAUAUCUUUACAUCUAUUUCAACAAUGGAUCCAGUGCAACCUCUUCCUCUCUCUCUCUCUCUCUUUUUUUUUUUUUUUUUUUUUUUUUUUUUGCCUAAUUCUUUUUCCAUCGCAGACAUACAGACAUCUUGUUGUUUUGCUGUCUUCUUAUAUACACAGCAAUCUGUUUUCACUAAAAAAGUGCCAGAGAAUUGUACAAAUUCAGCAUGACACAUGGGCCAUGAUCAUGAUUGCCCAAGAAUAGUUGAAACUUCUGCAUAUACUUCAACAUAUAUUGUUCACUUCCACACCUAUUAAAUUAAUUUCAACCUUUUCGUUGCCCUGCAUUGGCAACACGCUGUUGAGAUUUGUCGUUCGUAGAAUUUGGUCGCUAAAAGAGUAGCUGACCUGUAACUGUUGUAAUUCUUAUAUUAAAGCUUAUCUGUAUUGCUGAAUUAUUACUAAAUGUUUACAUAUAAUGUUUUAUUAUUAAAUGUAUUCAGUUUGGUUUUAAUAUACCGAGAGUGAUUGAGUUUGUAAAGUAUAUUUAAAAUCGAAACUACAUCAUCCAUUUCGGCGCCAUUCUAACACGGGAAUGUAAACAUAUAUACACAUAAUACUAUAAUCAAAAUCAUCCUUGAAAAAAAGGGAGGUAAUGCAUGAUGAAUAUUAUUAUAUUGUUGACUAAUGCUUGCUUGUGUGACUUAUAGUCAGCCCAAGCCAACGAAAUUCCUCAUGUCAAGGAGCGCAAGAUUAUGCCUGUGGUUGGCAACAGCCUUGAGGCACCUUACAGGUGACAAUGUGAUUUAGCUCAGUUUUGCCUCCAAUUUUGAUGGAGAGCACCCUGGGGGACAGGUCUGAGUGUCUUCCCUCCCUUUUCCCCUAUUAUCAACCUUGAGAGGACUUUUGGCUUGCCGCAUAUUUAGAGUGUCCCCAUGCCAUAGAGACAUGGCUGUUCAGUAGUAACCCUCAGGUACCGUUGUGUACUCUCCGCAUCACAUGGCAAAAAUCCAAAUGAUUGGUGAAAGCCAUAGAGACAUGAUGCAUUUACAAACAUCCAUAUAUGUGAUUAAAAAUGCCAUUUUAUUUCCCUUACUUUUUCAACAUAUAAUUUAAAAACUAAUUUAUGGUAACAACUUAUGCACGAAUAGUAAAAUAUUUCAUGUACAUUAAAACAGUAUUGAAAUUGAACAGUAAAGAAACAGUUUUAGUAAUCAGAAUCUGAUGAAGUGAAGCAAGUUCAACAGUCAGAAUGGAAAAUUAACAGGAAAGUAUUAACAAUUUAUGUAAAGCAAGAAACAAGGAAUAAAAAGAAUUAAACCGCCAAGUGAAAA